AUGGAGGAUGGGAUAAAACAAAUCAUGAGAAGAUUCGAUGAAGAUAGCUCAUCGUUAAAGCACGCAGAUUACAACUAUGUGAUGAGUGCUGUCAUGGUGCAUCUGCUACACUGUAAUGGUGCACGAAAUGAACUUACAUUCAAAACACGUUAUAGCAACAUAUCCGCACUUGAAAUCGUUAUGCCCAAUCCUGCACUUGGUAUCACAGAAAACUUCUGGGUCGGAAAGUACCCUAGGCGGAAGCGCUACAAUGUAGCGCCUGACCCAAUGGGCAGAGGCGGUGGCUAUUUUGUCGUUGAUGAAAAAUGUGGGAAGUGGCUCGGCUACUAUGGAAAACUCCGUGAACAUAUGUUUCGACGUGUGCCGCCAAAAGGGUAUAGCGGAUGCCAACACAACAAUGAAGAGGUUUUUCAUACAGUGGAGUGGGCGCCAAGUGAAAGAAAACUCGCGUUCUAUGAUGAAGCACUUGUUCUGGAGACAAGGCACAGCGUGGGACACAUAGAGUUUGAGAAGGACAUCAGAGCACGGCUGCUACUCUUGAGGGACAGAUUUACUAAACUUAACGUGGCUUUACUACAAUACUAUGCACAAGAAGAGGAGAGCGAAGAAGAAAUGACUGCACAGUUGGCUCAAGUGGAGCAAAUGUUGAAUGCGGAGAGAGCUGUGGUUGAACCACGAGCUGUAGAAAAUGGAAAUCAAGCCGCACUGUCACCACGACGUGAACAUGCUGCAGCAGACGAUGAAUUGGACGAUCGUGAAGAUUUGUAUGAAUCGUACCAGCCUGUCAGUUCAUCUUCAGAAGAAUACGAUUCUCCAGAGGAGCGACCAAUUAAUCCAUCAGCCGGUGAACGUGGAAUGGAGCCAGAACCAGAAGAGCAAGCGAUUCUUGUAGCCGGUGAACAAGAGAUGGAGCAUGAACCAGAGGACCUUCCGGGUGUGGAAGCCGGUGAACAUGAACUGGAAGACGUUCUAGAAGAGCAACCGGAAGAGCAACCGGGUGUGGAAGCCGGUGAACAUGAACAGGAACAAGAACCAGAGCAGGUUGAACCCGAAGUGGAAGAAGAACUGCCGAUGAUUGCUGAUCCCGCGAAAGUGCUUGACUACAUGCGAAUGCAUAAUAGAAGAGCGUGCGUUGGGGCGGAUUUGCGUUUUUACAUGAGCGAAUAUGAGAAGCAGUUGUUAAAUUUACAGCGGGGCCCGUUUCUUCCUGAGCAAGACAUAAUUGAAAUGAAGAAGAAAAUGGAUCCAGCUGAUGCUGACCAAGUGGCUAGCUACGAAGUCGAGUAUAAUGGUAAGAUCUCGGAUUGA